AAAUAUACAGGCUUCGAAUGCACUCAAAUGUCUAACUGCUCGGCCUCCGGCAAGUAUGAUAAGGCUAAGAACCGACCUAAGGCGCUGCAAUUUACAGAGGAGGAGGAAGAGUUAGAGAGGACUAGCAAGCAGCGGCACCGCAAGGUUCAGGCCAAACAAACCUCUGCGGAUACUAUGUCUAAAAAGCAGAAGCAGCAACCACAAGCACCUGCUGCAUUGCCAAAAUUGCCAAAGCUGGUCGCCAAGCACGGCAUAGAGCUGCGGGGCCUGUAUCCGGAGGACGCGCCGACCAUCUACGCGCUACACAACGCGCUGUCGGCGUCAGAGUGCGCGUCGCUGCUCGCUUACUUGCAAUCCAACUGUCCGCUCACGCGGGUAGCGCACGCCCAGACCAAGAGCAUUGCCUGGCGCGAUGUGGACCGGGUGGAGUUCGUGAGCCCGCAGCUGAGUGCGGCGGUGUGGGCGGCCGUGGCGGCGCCGCUGAGGUCGGGGCUGCCGGCGCGCACCACACGUGGGGGCGUGCCAGAGGGCCUGAACGCCAAGUGGCGUGUGUACAGGUACAAGGAGGGCCAGGGCUUCGGGCCGCACUACGACGAGGAGGACGCCUGCCCCGCCACCGCCCGCGCCUCCUGCUACACGCUGCUGCUCUACCUCAACGACGUCGCGGCGGGCGGCGAGACGGUGUUCUACCGCAGCCGGGGGCGGGAGGUGGCGGCGGUGACGCCGGAGCAGGGGCUGGUGGUGGUGCACGCGCAGGGCCCCGACUGCCUGCUGCACGAGGGGCGGCCGGUGGGGCGCGGCUGCGAGAAGUGGCUGCUGCGGAGCGACGUGCUGGCAGCAGAGGCGCCAGCGGAGGAGGCGGAGGAGCCGGAGGAGGGGGGAGCGGAGUAGGGCGCCUGAGGCGGACACCUGCCGUUUCGCUGGCCGCUGGGCUGCCGGCGGAGGGCCAGCGCAAGCCCAGGACGUGCGAGCGCUGCUGACCCGAACGUCAUUUAGCACUGCAGCUCCGCCGGCAACGACAGCUCAGACGCGUCCCCUAGGCCCCCUGGGGUGGUGGCUGGAGGGGGGCGGCAGCGAUGCAAGAGCGUGGCCACAGCAGCAGUCGAGCGCACAUCAUCAGAGGGAGGCUAGACGUCCAUGCAAAGCAUCGGCGGGGAACAAGCUAAGCGACCGCCGCAGCUGCCACAACCACCAAAGCCACCGCAGCCGCCGCAGCCGCCGCAGCCGCCGCAGCCCCCGCAGUGCCACAGCCGCCGCAGCUGCAGGCGGCGCUCUCUUUGCGGGCGGAGGCCUAGAGGCUCGUCGGUUGCGGGUCAUGUUGCCCCCAAGUCCGGCGCCCCCGCGGGUCCGCCAGCUGUGUGGGACCACUUGACCGCCCACCACCGCCUGCGCUAGCGGCUGCCGCAGGCGCAGGCGGUGAGUGGGCGGUCGGGUGUCCCCCGGUGGGGUGCACACACAUGCCGGUACACCUACAGCUUUAGCCGUGUAGGCCGGCAGCCGCGUUUUGGUCCGCAGCCGGUUUGCACCGCAGCUGGCAGCUGACAAACUGACAAACUGACACCCUUUGUACCGCACGCUGGGCUUCGAGGACCUGAGGCGCCUGAUGGGCAGCUGCAUGCGCCACUGCGCUCUUGAUUGCUCAUCAAAGGAUGCGCAGUUAGCAGGAGCAGGACGCGGCGGUCUCGAGCUUGGCCUCGGGUCCGCAGGAGGGCCGCAGGGGCGCGGCGGGUGCGCCUAGUUCUCCUUCGCGCGCGGACAGCAACAGGCUAUGCAGACCUGUGGAGCUGCUGCGGCCCGCGCUGUGGCGGUGGAUUGGCGACGGAGGCCCGGGAUGUGGCGGGAGGCUGGAUGGGUGGGACACGCAGGUUGUAAAGCAGUUAGGAUGCAGCUCAGGGUGCGGGGAUGGCAUGAGCUUGUGUGUGGAGACGCGUAGCGACCAGUGUGGCGCACGGUUCGUGGUGCGAGGUUCGUUGUGUCUCAGGCGGCAAGUCGUGCUAGGUUUAAGCAUGGGGAGCAUGACAUGUUGCGUUGGAACCGUGGAGGGUGCCGUUACCGCUGUAUGGGUACGCCGUUCCCACCUGGCACUCGUCAAUAAGCAGGCAGGCCAGUGAGUGUGCUGACGAGCUGUACGUGGGUUUGCGGUGGAAGCGAGUGCAGGCAAUAAGUCCAGCCGGCCGGGCAUCCGGUGCGCAACCUGCGUCUUGGUGUAAUGCGUGAAAUAGAUGCCUAGAUGGUGCGCGAUGAGCAAGCGGGCGCGGCGUGUUGCACGCGUGCCGCUGCGGGCUGCAUGUCAAGCCAAUGGCACCAAGUGUAGAACAGGUUCUGUCAAAGUGAGCACAAUUUGCCCGUGUCCUGGUGCCUGUAAUGCCCUUGUCGG